AUGCAUGAAACAUCACCGGGACAAGUUGAAAAACACGAUUUAGCGAUUAGAAGUGAUAAGAAAAGUGAAUUAUGUAGUGCAAAAGCUAAAAUAAAUAUUGACAUGGAAUUAAAAAGCGUAAAAAUGGAAAAUAUUGAAAAUAGUGAAGAUGAAUUAAUUCAGAGGAUUUAUGACGAUCCUUGUGAAUUGAUGGAUGAUGCUCCAAUGUUCCAUAUGACCAGAAGUCGUAGUUGGUUGUGUUGUCCAUCAUCGGAAGCGUUUUGCAUUCCAAAAACAACACAACCAAGCAAUAUUUUCUAUAAUCGCGCUCAAGACUAUUCAUUGGUCACAGAGGCACCAAGAAUUCAAUUUCACACAGUAGGUUGUCGUUUCAGCGUAGCAAAUCAUCAAAUACAAGCGUUGAACAACGAUAUGAUUGAGCUACGUGCUCGCUUACAAAAAUCCGAUCUAGAGAAGGAGGAGCUCAAAAUGCAAAUACGUGAGUUGUUCAUUGAAAAGGACAACACACAACGGCAUUUAGAAGCGAUUAGUCAGGCGCACGAAAGUCGCAUAACUGAGAUGCAUUGUGUUAUUGUUGAACUCAAUAAGAAGUUGAAGAUGCAACAGGAGACAGCGAUUAUUGAGGAAACUGAACCAGAAGGAAGCGAACUGAGUUUCCAAGAAGGUUCAGUCUAUAAUUCUGAACUGGAAACAGCGAACUACGAUCAAAAUGAAGACUCCGAUAUCGAACAGAAAGUGAAAGCACACAUCAUUGAACAAGAUCAUUUACAAAACCAGAAAAUAUUUUACGAGCAACAUCAACAAAAGUCUAGUCCAUCCUUACCAACACCGAAUUACUCAUCACAAAUUCAGUGCAUGCAAGAAGAAAUUCUUCAUCUUCGCGCCCAAAUUGCUCUCCUUCAAUCGGAGCUUGCAUGUCGUGACUACACAAACGAAAAAGUGACAGAAGAUGAUGAUUGUGAUGAUCAAAAUUGCACCGAUUGUAAGAAUGAUGAGAAUGAAAACGACAAAUCAAAUUAUACAAGCGAUGACUUAUGUGAAACUGCUGACAUUUUUGAUGUUGUCAAUCAACAGCAACAACCACCAUCGGCAGCAUCAGCACAAGAUCAACUUAAUGAAUUAUCACGUUUAUCAAUUUCACAAAAUUAUCAGAAAGGAAUUCGGUCACCAAAACAUACGCAAGUCACAAAUUUCAAGCAAUCAUUAAAUAACUUUGAAGUUCCCGUUCCAAAAGUUGCUGAACGUGUUAAAUUGAAGCGAACAAUGGAAGAUAACAGUCAUCACAUCACUGGAAAUGAUUUGACAAGUAAAGAUAUUUUCACAACCGAAGUUGCUGAACAUUUAGUGUCGGAAUUCAUGCAACCAGAACGUGACACAUCAUCACCAGUUGGUCUUCAAAAUGAAGUUUCACGUUUACAAAGACGACUUGAACAUGUAAAACUACAAAAUUCAGUAUUAUCACUCACAUUAGCUGAGAGUAAACAGCAUUGCAAUCACCUUUACUUAUUGUGUGGGAAAUAUGAGUCGAAUGCAGUUGCGUUACAACAAGCAUUGAAUUGUAACGAUCGUGCCAUUGAAGCUUAUGACGUCAUGUUAGCAUUGCUUGAAAGCAAACUUGGCAUGCUUGAAAAUGUCGAAUCAGCUGAAGAGAAUCGAAAGGCUGUUGAACAAGUUGCUCAUCUUCUCUUAGAUCGUUUUAAGAAUGAAAAUAGUUUUCAUGGGAAGUCAUCAGCACCAUGGCAAGAUGCUGUUGUGAUACUUCCUGACACUGAGAAUGUUCCAUGGACGGAUGAUCACGAUCGAAUAUUACGCAAUCAAGUAUCGAAAUUGAAGGGACAAAGAUCGUUUAUUCAGAAUACUGUCGUGAAUCUUGAGUCGCCUUUUAAUUUCGAUGAUGGUGCGAGCAGUAAAACUGAAGGAAGUCCAACAAAAAGUCGCAGUCGCGCAAGACAGAAGUACAUGGACAUUGAGACAGCUGUGCUAAUGCAAGAGUUGAUGAGCUUGCGUGAAGAUAUGUGUGAUUUGAAAUAUCAAAGCGAACAGUCGGAAAAGGAGAAGCUUCAAGCUUAUGAGAAACUUAAAUCGUUGCAGAGUGCACUCGUUCAACUUCAAAGUCAACUUAAUGAGUCGGAGAAUAAACCCAAAGAUCGCUUCUCGUAUUCUGAAGCUGAAUACAAUGCAAGUAUUGAGCGUGAGCUGAUGGAAGCUUUAGGACGUGAGUGUCGAUUAAAAGCGAGAUUACAAGGCUUGGCUGGAUCUUUAGAGACAGCAACAAGAGCCACAAAUUCAAGUACAAAGCAAGCAGUAUCUGAGCUAAAGCAAAGCAAUUCCUGAGUUUCUUCUUUUUCGUUCAAGAAAAAAAUUUAGUCAAAUCUUUUGGCCAUUGAAAUGUGAGUGACGUAAACAAAACAAUCUUCAAUUCUUAAUCAUUUUCAUUGACGUCAUUUCCAUACACUCCCCUGAAAUUCGACAUUAUUUUUUAUCUACUCUAACUUAAUUUUUUUUUUCAUUUUGAUACAAUUUGCGAUUAUCUAAAGAAAAAAAAGUCGAAAAAAUAUUUUUUACUCUCGUAAAGAUUAAAAAUGAAUUAAAUCUAAUUGAUAAGUGAGCGAAUUAAUUGUGAGAUAUAAAACAAUUAACUUUUUAUUGCUAGAAAAAAAAAGAAAAAUUGCCUUUUGAUGGAGUUAUUUAGAAAAACAAAUGGAAUGAAAUAUCAGCAUUGUUGAUGAGAACGUGAAACAUAAAGUUGACUUAAAGCCAAAAAUUAUCAAUUUAUUAUGCAAGAUUAAAAGAUAUUGCUAAUUAAAUAUUUUAUGAUGAAUACUUACUUAACCCAUUGAACGCUUCAAUGAAGUUGUAGCAUUUGAAACAUAAUCAAAUUAAUUAUUAAAGCAAACAAUUGCCUAUGGAUCACUUGCUUCAUGUAACGCAAGCUACUAAGUAACUACAUUUUGCCAGAUUAAACGCGUAUUUAAAAUGAUGUGAGAAAAUAAUUAAAUUAAUAUCAUAUUGACAGAACGGCGACAGUUGAAUAUCUUGAUAAAUAAUAUCAUUAAAGAAACCUUAAAAGCUGAAUUGUGUUACAAAAAUUUACUUAAAUAAUUCUAGUUAUUGUUCAAUGUUUAUCCCGAAUCGUGCCAUUUUAUGUUUAAUCAUUUAUUGAGCUGCCGCAUUAUUUUGAUUUUUACAUAACAACAUUUUCCUGUUAACAUUUGCAAUCAACUGAUGAAUAAAAUGAAUCAGAAUACUUAUCAUUAAAGUUUAUAUAGUUUUUAACUUAAUUUUUCAUAUAUUUUCAGGAAGGACUUUGUCAGUUUAUUUUAGAAAUAUUUUCUAUUUUCUCUCCAAUCAUCUUUAAAAUAAUCUUUUCAAUUCAAGGCCAAGUCGAAGAGUGAAAUGACUUGUCUUUUUCUUCAACGACAACAAAUUCAUGAAUGACUGUCGU